GGGAUGGAGAGAGAGAAGCGAUGGACAGAGGGGUGCUAUGGGCGCGGCUGUGUCUGUGGAAGAAGGGAGAAGAUUUGGGAGACAGGGAUAGUCGAACGGUGUGAGGGCUGCUAUGGGUGAUUUUGCAUGACGGCGAUUGAAAGGGAUGGCCAUGAAUAGAGGGCUGCUAUGGGCGACGCGGUUGUAUCGUCCGUAGUGGAACUAAAGAUCUGGAAACGAAGAAACAGGAAGUCAUUGUAGAUGCGGAAUGAAGGACGAGGAAAACGAUGGAGGUGGUCGUUUUCACAUCGAAGUGGGAGGGGAUACAGCCUUACAGGGAUGGCAAACGGAGUGUAGUUCUUCAUUAACGGAAGCCUUAGGGGAGACGGGCUAGAGAGGCGCGAAAAAGUAGCGGAGUGUAGCUUUUCACUAACGGAAGGCCAGACGGCUUGUCUUUCAGAUGUAGUCGAAACUAGUCUUCAAAUAUGAAAUGGAUGACUGCUGCCACGUAGUGAUUUCGAUCAAUGAGUCGGAGCUGCGAAAGCGUCAGCAGUGCGCAAAUGGACGCCGUGAUUAAUUAGUUAUCUUUGGCCAACUGGGAAGACAGAGGAGAUGGGUUGUUAGGAGAGGAACGCCAAAUGGUCGCGUAGUGGAGUGUCAUCAGCGGGAGGUCAGGCGAUUUCUUCUCGAGAUGUCCGUCUUCACCUGAAUAGAACGCCCGGUCAUUCGAGCUGCAUUUGGGGCAGCUUUCAGAUUAUAGAUACACCGAUAAUGACCCCGCGUACUAUUCGGUUGAAGCUGGGUGUCGGCUCUAUGCUUUUUGCAAAUACAUACCUCCCCUUGCUGCUGCCAUGUGCAGGCUUGGCACUUCAGUGAGAGCUGCGAGUGCGUCUGCCGGUGCGCCAAUCAACUCCGCGAUUCGCUAGCUCCGUUCUUUUUUGAAUUGGGAAGGGGGAUGCGCAAUCAAGCCGUGGAGAUGAGCUCAAACUGGUGUACGGUGGUGGUCCCAGCUCGGAGAGUACGAGGAGAAACCUGGCCGCAGGGUGAGCGUUCUGAACGGGUUACCGAGGGAGGUACGUAGUGCUGCUGCUGGGCGAUGGACCAUUGCAGGGUGAGUCGCCAUUACUCGCGAAAGAAACGCAUGUAGCGGUGCUGGUCAAUCAAGCGAUUGCUGUUUUGGCAAAGGGCUGAAUUUCGCUCCUCAUGUCUCGGAUGUGUCCUGGAAGAAUAUCAUAUCAUCGAUGUUCCAAGCCGUUCGUCUCGCUCGUCCGUUAGUGUCAAGUUACUCGUCAUUGUGGAAAGCCUGGAGAAGAUAACGGAUGAUAACGGAAGACCAUGGAACGUGAACACGUCCGUCGGGUGUUUGCAUCCUUGUUGCCUACGACGUCACCUCUCGGGAUUCAUGGACUAUACACGUAUGGCAGGCGCAGCUCGGAAUUAUGUUCUUUUCAUACGUGUGCGCAAGUGAAGAAAGCGAACCUGGAAAGGCGAGUCGAGAAAGUGAAGGAUCGGAGUGAUACUUUCGGGUGGCAACGGUUUAUGGAAGUAGAGGAGAGAGUUAAGUUGGCCGGAGCUGUGCGUGCUGCCACCGUAGCUAGGGAAGUCUACUACUUGGGGGCUGUACAUUAUAGGUUUUAGGGUUGGGACUCGUAGCACCUAGAUGGUUGUUUAGAGAUAAACGUAUGGCGGGUGGGGACGCUGUCUUUUUGUGCUGCUUGUUUUUUCGAGGGUAUGUGUAGGAAGCUAGCCUACAGGUCGUGAAUGCUGGAGUCUACAUCUACCUGAACGCACAGUGCAGUGUACAAAAUAACUCAGGGUGCGGAUCACUGAAUGUUUAGGUUGACUGUAGGUUGAUGUGGCUUUUGUAUAUUAAUCGUAACGAGUACCAAUGGAUUGGUUUCGUGAAGUGGAACUUUUUUUUUUUUUUUUUGGUUUUUCUUUGUCGGCUCCCUCCAUUCUUUCGAACUUAUUAAAUAUUUAUGGUUUUGACUGGAGGUUUUCGAACCUGUUUGACUUCGCUUAUGCACAAUUGAUCAAAUCACUGGAUCUUUUGGACUUUGCUGGCCCAACUAUGGUUUUGACUGGAGGUUUUCGAACCUGUUUGACUUCGCUUAUGCACAAUUGAUC